AUGGUUCGGGUGAUUGGUUUGCCGAGUAUUCAACUAGCCGACUUCGAUCGGACCAAGUGGUUGAUUUCGUGGUCGAAGAAUGGAAAGCGGGUCGCGUGCGUGUUCCAGAUGGGACUAUAUGAAGCAAGAUUGUGGAUCUUUGACGGGGAGACUGGUAGGAGUAUCGCGGAAAGCGCGCCUUUGAAAGACGUUCACUGUCUUUCAUGGUCGGAGGACGGGACGCGGUUGUGCUGUGGCGAGCAGGGUGUGGUGUCGGUAUGGGACGGACGCUCGGGGAAGAGAAUAUCGAAAUUUGAUGAUUUUUGGGCAACGGCAAUAUCUCUGUCCGGGGAUGGGAGAUGGUUGGCUGGUUCCAGUGGCGGGGAGGUUUCUGUGAGGGACACAGAGACCGGGGCAGAAGUACGGCGGCACAUGGCGACACGCGGGCCGGACGUCUUGGGCUGGCUAGAAGAUGGAAAGCGGAUGUUUUCUGCGGAUGUUUCCAAUAUUGUCAUUUGGAGGUGGGAUAAUCUGGAGAGGUUGCAGGAGGAAGAGGAAGUCGACAAGGUCAACAAGGAAGGGCAAGAAUUCACGGCUGUUGCGUGGUCAAGCGAUGACAUAUGUGCUACUGUGGCUGGAGACGGAGACGUAGUGAUGUACGAUGUGAAGACGGGGAAGAAGAUGUGGGGGGAUGCUGAGACACACGUAAGCCGUGUGCAUUGUCUGGAGAUGUCUAGAGAUAGCAAGCGGGUGUUUACGGCAGCAGAAGAUGGAACGUUUGCGAUGUGGGACAGCAAGACGGGCGACAAGUUGUGGGAAGGCGGGGAGGCCUGGGCCAAGGAUGAUUACGCAGAAGCAGAAGCAUGUUGGUCCAAUGAUGGGACGAGGGUGUUCGUGUCGUUUAGAAGGGGGAUGGGGUUGUGGGACGGGAAGACUGGGAACAAGUUAUGGGAGAGAAUCACGGACACCUACAUGUGGACCGGGUGCAUGGCGUGGGCUGGAAACGACACGAAGAUCGCGCUUGGGGGUAGGAGUAACGGGGGCAGGGUCGUGCUGUUGAGCGCCAGAACGGGAGAGGCGAUCAGGGUGGCAUGUGGGCAUACAGAUGGCGGGGUCGUGCUGCGGGGCGCCAAAACAGGAGAGACGAUGGGCGAUGCCCCCGAACGUGUCCCAGAUUCGGUCGGCCUGAAAUGGGCUGCGGACCGCGGUCUGUUUGAGUGGUAUUCAGACGAAUUUGCAGACGAAGUUCACAUAGAUUGGUUCAACUUUGUGAAGCGGCCCUGGAGAGAAGGUGAAGAAGGUGUGCGGGCUUCGUUCUCUGUUGAGCGGGCUCCGUUCUCUGUUCGGCGGGCUCCGUUCUCUGUUGGGGCUCUGUUGUUCCCUUAUGAUACUCCUUUUCGCUCUUUUGCUUCGGUGAAGUGGUCUCCAGAUGACAAGUGGAUCGCGUCAACUGGAUAUGUUGAAAUUGAUGAAAAUGAUGAAAAUGGGAAACCAAGCAGAGUCGGAGUUAUGAUCUGGAAUUGGGAGACAGGUGUAACAUAUCGGUACCAGUGCCAAUAUGAUGAGUUUAUGGUACCACCCCAUGCGCUGGAAUGGUCUGACGACGGGCGACGCGUAGCCUUUGGAAUUGGAAGAGAGCUUGCGAUAUGGGAUAUUGAGACAGGGGUGAUGUUAAGGUAUAGCACAAACAGAAACAGUGAACAUCUAACGCAUAUUGCUUGGUUCCGGGACGGGUCGCGAAUGGCGACGUUGCGUGGAAGAACGUUACUAAUCCUGUCCGUGACGAGUCAAAGCGUUGUCUGCGAAAAGCAAUACGAUGGUGUUGAGUAUCUCGAAGAGAGCGAUCUGCGCCAGUUCAUCGAUACGAAUGAGGGCAAACUCACGGCGGCGGAUCUAGGGAGGAAACUGGAGAGGAAACUGAGGAUUCGGCAAAAGGGAGAUGGAGUGUUCUACAAGACAGGAGAUGACGAAAUCCGCCUAGCAACCGUUGCGGGAGAUCGUUGGUACUGUUCUACUUCAGGUCGGCACAUUGCGAUCCAGGGAGAAGCAAAACUGUACUUUUACGAGCUCUUGGAGUAGUGUGAUUGUGAGUGUGUGAAUAACCACUGGGCAAAAGGGGAUGUCCCGGCCAGGACAGGAGGGGUUGUACCCACGGUAUAUGUAGUAAGGGAUGAUGUGCCAGGAGAAAUUUGUAUGUAUUUGAAGUUGUUUCUAGUUACCCGACGCCUCGAUGCCCCUCUCCGCAAAAAAGUAGUCGGUACAUCUUUUCUA